AUGGGAGGUAAAAGCUUACGGCCGGCAGACGAGCGCUGGCCUGCCCCCGAGAUGCGCCGCACCGUGCCGUGCCUGGCGGCCGCCGCCGCCGCCGAGGCGGACGUGGCGGCGGUGCCGUGGGUGGCGGCGCUACACCACCGCCGCCAGCACCUGUGCGCCGGCUCCAUCGUGGGCGCGCGCUUCGUGCUGACGUCGGCGCAGUGCGCGCAGCGGUCGUCGCCCGGCAGCCUGGCGGUGCGCGUCGGCUCGUCGCUGCGCGGGUCGGGCGGCCAGGUGUGCCACGCGGCCGACAUCACCUCCCACGAGAGCUACCGGCCCUGGUCCUGGGACUACGACAUCUCCGUCGUGCGGCUCGACGCCGACAUCGCGUUCGACAACAACAAGAAGGCAGUGUCACUGGCGACGCAGGAGCCGGCCGCGGGCAGCACGGCGCGCGUCGCCGGCUGGGGGCUGCAGGCUCGCGGGGGCGUCACCUCCCUGAAGCUGCGUGCCGCCACUCUGCACAUCUUCGACCGCGAACCGUGCAACGCCAAAUACAACGUGGCACUCAGCGAGGUCCUGCUGUGUGCUGGGGCAGAGGGCGUCGACGCGUGCGUCGGUGACGGCGGUGGCCCGCUCGUGGACACUGAGACCAAGCAGCAGGUGGGCGUGGUGCUGUGGGAGCACGACUGCGCCCAGCCCAGGCACUACGAGCAGGACUUCCGCAUGCCGUACACCAGCGUGGCUGGCCUCCGCUCCUGGAUCAAGAAUAAGACCGGCAUCUAGCACACACGACAACCGUUCUUAACUUUACCACUCCUGCUCUCUUAUACAUUGUGCACUCACACCUGCAGAUUAGUCAUUGAACAUCGGUGUUUACAUACGCAUAUUUAAAUUAGACUAGUAGCUGUACGUUCAAUAACAUGAUAGCAUUAAACAGUAAGAGUAAUGUAGAGUUUGUAAAAUCCACUCAGCCAUAGUGAGUAUGCAUCUCCCUAGGGCUCAAUGCAGUCUGGUGCGAACUAUAGAGAAUAACAUGUGCAGAGCAGAAAAAUCAACGAGAUGCAAGUACCACUAUCAGUUUUGACUCUGUCACUUAACCAUUUGCUGUAUUAGAGACUAAACUCAGUUCUUUUCUGUUAUUCAUUUCCUUGUCAUCAUUUCGUUCAGCAAAUAAUUAGUUUCUAAAUUCUAAUUCUGUGUUGCACAUUCCUGUAGCUACAUUUGUUUUAAAGGGUUCAAUUACCUAUUCAGUUUAUAAAGCAUUAUAUCAGAAAUUACCCAGCAUAAUAAUUGUAAAAAUAAUACAUCAGUAGGAAGGCUAUAAGCAUUUGAGGCCAAGAAUGUGCUUUGGCCAGUCCUCGGAUUGGGGCAGCUGAAGGCAAUGCCACAGCUGCAGCAAUGACGGCAGUGGCAGAACGCUUCAUCGGCAUUCGUAGAACCUGUCAGCUUCUUCAGUAUUCAUAGAACAAACGCAGUUCUGUCAGAAACUGGAGAACCUAUGCAGUUCUGUUCAUCAGACAGACAAAUGUAUUUUUCCCUCCCCAUCAUGGCCUAGUAUAUUACCACUAUAAAAAAUGAAACAAUAAAUCAGUAUAAAGUAUAUUUGGUGACAAUAACCUGUCUUUGAUUCGAUCUCUGUACACAUUUGGUUCAACACAAAGUGGACCCUUAAAGUGACUACCACAGCCUCAUUUCAUGGCUAAAUUUUCUGUAUUAUUUAGCAAAAUACCUAAAGAUAUUGGUAUUGUUGGUAUAGCUUGCAGGUUCAGGUUCACCUGGCACCAAAACUACUGUGGUUCGAUUUUUGAACCCACUUAGUGGAAGGCACAAUGGAAACUCUAAGUGCUGCAUUGUUAUUGCCAUAUAUAAAUUGGGUAUAUUAUCUAUCAAAAUACGUAAAGAUAUUGGCACUGCUGGUUUAACUUGCAGGCUAAAACAAAAUUGGAGAUACAACUAGUAUCUACUUGAUACAAAGCACAGUGGACCCUCAAAUUAAGAGUCACAAUGUUAUUUUCAGAUUUAUAUGGUUUUUAUUAUAAUCAAAAUGUCGAAAGAUAUUGGUACUACUGGUGUAAGGUACAGCUUAAAGUAGACUUGGCACACAGAAUACGAUUGUGGUUCGAUUUUGUACCCAUCUGGUGCAAAGUACAAUGGACCCUCAAAACAACUGCCAUGAUGUCAUUUACACAUCUACAUUGUCUGUGCUCUGAAAAUACAUAAAGAGUUCUUCUACAACAGUACAAAACACAUUUGGUUCACUUAUUGGCACCACUGGUUGUACUAAGGUAUGAUUGGAUCCAGUAAUUUUAGAAAUACAAUAAAUGUACAUUGUCAAAUCCUUUCAUAUAUCGAA